AUCCAAACUCAAGAACUUGUUGAAGAAGGUGAAAGCAAAGGCUGAAGAAGAACCUUCAACAACAACAACUUCUGAAGAAGCCACCAAGAAUGUAGUAGUUGAAGAAACCAAGAAUAUUGAAGAAAAUGAAUCAUCCCGAGAAGAACCAACAACAACAACUACUAACGAAUCAAAAUCAAGUGAUAAUAAUGAUUACUAUAAGAGCUAUGGAUAUACUAUUGAAGAUACAGCAGUUUCAUCAAAAACAUCAACCACUUCAUCUUUUUUAACCAAUGUACACAUUAACAAACUUGCUUUAUGCGAACCACUCACAAAAGCAUUGUCAAAUGAAGAUUCUGGACUUUCCUUUGAAUAUAUGACACCUAUCCAAGCUCGUUCUAUUCCAAUUGCUUUGGCAGGUAAGGAUUUACUUGCUCAAGCUAAAACUGGUAGUGGUAAAACAUUGGCAUUCCUUUUGCCAUGUUUAGAGUUAUUAUACAGAGCUGAAUUUAAACCUAGAAAUGGUACAGGAGUUAUUAUUUUGAGUCCAACUAGAGAAUUGGCUAUUCAAACCUAUGCUGUUUGUAAAUCAUUAAUGACAUUUAUGAAACAAACUCAUUGUUUGUUGAUUGGUGGUCAAUCUAAACAUCAAGAAGGAGAAAAACUUGUUAAGGGUUGUAAUAUUGUCAUUGCCACUCCAGGUAGAUUGUUGGAUCACUUACUUCACACAAAAGGAUUUGUUUAUUCUAAUUUGAUUUCACUUGUUUUGGAUGAAGCUGAUAGAAUGUUGGAUGAUGGUUUUGAGGAAGAAUUGAAAGCUAUUGUUAAAUUAUUACCAACUAAAGGAAGACAAACUCUCUUAUUCAGUGCCACUCAAACAACAAAGGUCGCUGAUAUUGCCAGAGUUAGUAUUAAAAGAGAUCCAGUUUUUGUUGGAAUUGAAGAUUUGAAUAAGAUUACCAAGACUGAAGAAACUGAAGAAUAUUCAACUGCUACAAAUUUGGAACAAGGAUAUGUUGUUGUUCCAGCAAGUGAAAAAUUUGUUCUCCUCUAUUCAUUCCUUAAAAAGACAAUGGCAACAACUCCUGGAAAGAAGGGAAAGAAGAUUAUCGUCUUUUUCAGUAGUUGUGCUGCUGUUAAAUAUUAUUCAGAAUUAUUGAACUAUAUUAACGUUUCAGUGACACCUCUCCAUGGUAAAAUGAAGCAAAAUAAGAGAACACAAGCAUUUAUGAACUUUUGUGGUGCUGAAAGUGGUGUGUUACUUUCCACUGAUGUUGCUGCUAGAGGUUUGGAUAUUCCAAAGGUUGACUGGAUUGUUCAAUAUGAUCCACCAGAAGCUCCAAAAGAAUAUAUUCACCGUGUUGGUCGUACUGCUCGUGCUGGAAAUGUUGGACGUGCUUUGCUCUUCCUCCUUCCAUCUGAAACAGGAUUUUUGAAAUAUUUGAGUGAAUCAAACAUUCCAUUGAAUGAAUUGGAUUUCCCUCGAACAAAGAUGUCAAAUAUUCAAGAUCAACUCGAAAAGAUUAUUUCUUCCAAUUACUAUUUAUUCAAGAAUGCUGAAGAAGCAUUCAAAGGUUUUAUCAAAUCGUAUGCUUCACAUCCAUUGAAGGAUAUUUUCUCAUUCCAAUUAUUAGAUGUUGCUGGUAUUACCAAAUCAUUUGGUCUCAAGAAUACUCCAUAUGUGGAUUUGAAGAGUUUAGAAGUUGGUGCUUCAAGUGCCAUUGAAAAGAAGAGAAAGAGCGACAAUAAGUGGAUUAAGAGUGGUGUUUCUCAAAAGAAGAAGGAAGAUAAAAAGAAGAGAAAGACUGAAUAA